UGGUCCAACUGGUGGCCUGUGAGAUGAUUCUGUUGGUAUUUUCCUUUGCAUGGGGAAGAACGGCCACCAAGUUCACACAGAAGCAGGGAGGCAGCUGGAGGCAUGCUUGGUUCUGCAUGUGGGUCUCUUGAAAUGCUGGAUUGUCGUUUCUUCUCUUUGGCCUGUAAAAGGCUCACAAAAAACAGGUAUCUGGGACUUCUGUAUAUGAAAAACAUUAGACGUCCCUGAGGCAUUCCAACCCCCCAAGUCUGGUAUCUCUUCUUCUGAAGGACAGAGUAAAUCUAUAGAUAACCAGUACUGCACCCAUUACAAAUGCAGUACAUCAAUGGGGUCAUGAAACCUGACUCCUAGAGGAACCAGUCUAACUUUUACUCUUUCAAAGGUGUGUAGGAGAGUUAAAGCUAUCUUCUAAUUGGGCUAACCUCUUAUGCAAUCAGAAGGUGCAGAAAUCUGUUGCUUUGGGUCAUUAUUGUUAUUCAUUGUAAAAGAUCAGCAAGUUCUGGAUGCAGAACUUCAGCAGUGCCUUUGACACCUUCUGUUGAAAACCCUUGGAGGACUGUCAGAGGUGACAGUGAGCAACAGUCAGUCAUGAACAGAGUCUUUUCAGGAUGGUUAGCUUCUUGUUGUCCCUGAAAUUAAGUAGUCAGUGCUAUAUUUGCAGCAAAUCUGUGACAGAGCUGACCUUUGGCCACAGAAACAAUCCAUAUUUCCAGCUGAGGUCCUCAAAAGGGAGCCUGAAGUUUAUGCCUGGCAAAGUAUCAGGCACAUUGUUGCAAGUAUAAUACUACAUGUGUGUAAAUGCUGGAGCCUUCUAGUUCAUACCUUACUUUUUAAGGCAUAUAUUGUUCUUAAAGCGACUAUCCAAGCUGAGGCUGCUGCCUCCCAAGCUAUCCCACCACCACCAGUGCUUGUGAAAGGGGGUGGCCAGAGAGAGAGGAAGGAGACAACUGAGACAUCCCUGUGACUGCUGCUGAUUGUCUCUCCCUGGGGUAUUUAUAAGCUGCAUACUGGUGGGCAGGGGUGGGCAGUUGGCUCGCCGUGACCUUGGGAGCUGGGGAGCCUGACUAGCAUUCCUGGGAGCCAUGUGAGCCAGACUGGCAGGCGCAGCUGUAGCCAAUGGGGAGGAGACCAGCACUGGCUGCUCAGAUUGAGUUUCACUCCUGUCGCUUGGGAUUUUUGUCUUUCUCUCCCUGUUGUGCUUUUCCUCUUUGUUUAUGGGACUGGACAGGCAAAGGCACUGCUGGAGUCCUAGCAUGCAAGACAUUUGCCUAGUGGAUUUGGGAUUCUACCUUCAGUGCUGAGCAACCGCUUCUUGCCAUUGCCUACCACAGCUGAAGCCCCCUGCCAUGGCUGGGCUUCUAUGGCUCCAAGCCUUCUGAGCACACAACUUGCCCUCCUCUAUUAGGGCAUUUUAUGCUGUGUUCUCUUCUAUGCAUUUCCUUUUUGCUGUCCUUAGAGGUUAGUGUAUGAGGCUUUUUAAUGCAUGGGAGAUGGGUCAGGACCAGACAAAGCAACAGAUAGAGAAAGGACUCCAUCUUUACCAGUCUAAUCAGACCGAAAAGGCCUUGCGAGUCUGGAUGAGGGUUUUGGAGAAGUCUGCGGAUCCUGCUGGCAGGUUUCGGGUUUUGGGUUGCCUCAUCACUGCUCAUGCAGAGAUGGGCAGAUACAAAGAUAUGCUGAAGUUUGCAGUGGUACAGAUUGACACAGCACGGGAGCUGGAAGACCCGGAUUACCUUACAGAGAGCUACCUAAACCUGGCUCGCAGCAAUGAGAAACUCUGUGAAUUCCAGAAAACCAUCUCGUACUGUAAGACGUGCCUGAACAUGCAGGGUACCACCGUGAGCCUGCAGCUGAAUGGCCAGGACUACGAGAAAGCCUUGUUCUUCCCAUGUAAAGCAGCUGAGCUGGUGAAUGAUUAUGGAACGGGCUGGAGCUUGAAGUACCGUGCAAUGAGCCAGUAUCACAUGGCCGUGGCCUAUCGGAAGCUGGGGCGCUUGGCAGAUGCUAUGGACUGCUGUGAGGAAUCCAUGAAGAUUGCCCUGCAGCAUGGUGACCGGCCUCUGCAAGCACUGUGUCUGUUGUGCUUUGCAGAUAUCCACCGCAGUCGCAAAGACGUGCAGACGGCCAUUCCUCGGUAUGAUUCUUCCAUGAGCAUCAUGACAGAGAUUGGAAACCGCCUGGGCCUGAUCCAGGUGCUGCUAGGAGUGACUAAGUGCUGGAUGAUCCAGAAGGAGCUGGACAAGGCUCUGGAAAGCAUUGAAAAGGCACAGGAGCUGGCAGAGGGACUAGGGAACAAGCUUGGCCUGCUGAAGCUCCACUGCCUCUGUGAAAGGAUCUAUCGCACAAAGGGACAGCAGCGAGAAUUGCGUGACCAUGUAGUGAAGUUCCAUGAAUGCGUGGAGGAGAUGGAGCUGUACUGUGGCAUGUGUGGAGAGUCCAUUGGGGAGAAGAACAACCAGCUCCAGGCCCUGCCUUGCUCCCACUUCUUCCACUUAAAGUGCCUCCAGACCAACGGGACCCGGGGAUGCCCCAACUGCCGCCGCUUGUCGGUGAAGCCCGGCUACGUCUGACCCGCCGGCUCCGCUGGGCCCCCCCGCCGCUCCCCGAGGCCCUUCAGGCUGUGCCUGUGGGUCCGCGGGGCCGGGGUGGGCGGCGGGGGCCCCCUCGGCCUCCCCUCCGCACGGCCGGCUCCGGAUCGGCCCGGCCCCACUCCCCCCCCACCCCGCUCCCCCGCUCCUCUGUACGGGGAUGGACUGUAAUAAAGCGUAUGGCCGGGAAAG